AUGGUAGCCAUCCCAACGAGUGAUCGCUGGCUACUCCCCCUCUUCGCCCUGCUCUGCAUACUUACAGUCGCCGUCAGUUCAACCUCCUCACCGGUAGCAGUGUACGAAACAGACGAGUAUAUCCGCAUCCAGCCCGAACUCGACGCUGUCACUGACAAGCAGACGAGGCGAACUGUUCUUGCAUACAUCACGCCAUGGAACGCCAAAGGCACGCGCAUGGUCGACCGGUUCCAGGACAAAGUUGACAUGGUCUCACCCGUGUGGUACACCAUCUUAGCCUCGUCUACCUCCGUAUCCAGUGGCGAUAGCGACGAAGCAACAUACUCGCUCAGCGGCGGUCCCCCCAAUGACGGAGAAGAAGAGUGGCUGCACCGCAAGCAGCAAGAGGGCAGCUUCAAGAUCGUGCCCCGUUUCUACCUCGACAGCUGGCAACAGUCGGACUAUGCAGCCCUCCUCUCGAAUCCGUCCAAUUGGCGCCGACUGGCCGACCUCAUCACCGCCGAGGUGGCGAAAAGGCAGUACGAUGGUGUGGUGCUCGAAUCAGCGGCGACGCACUUACUCUUUGAACCUAUCCAGACGCUCUCCUCCUCGCUCAAGCCGAAAACACUCACUGUCGUCCUCCCUCCCUUGCGGACAACAUACUCGUUGGGGGGAACUAAGCUAGACCGGAUGCAGCAGAGUCAGAACGCAAUGAUCGUGCAAUCCAUCCCGCAAUUGGCCCAAGUGGUGGACUUCUUUUCGAUCAUGACUUAUGACAUGUCGUCUGCAGGAGGGCGCGUUAGCAACGUUUCCGGUCGAGACUUCCCAAAGGACAGUCCAUUACGCGGGGCAAAGAAGGGCAGCUUGCGGCAGCCCGGGCCCAACACGAGUGCUCAGUGGAUCGGAGAGAACAUCAAGCUCAUCGAAGAAGCUACGCGGGCUGCAGCUAGGGCGAAGGUCGAGAAAGCAAAGAGGCAGGCAGAGGCAGACUCCGAGGAGGUGGAAGCAGUGAAGGACGAAGAGGUGGAGCGACUCAAAGAUCCCAGCAAUCCUUUCGCGUACGACGACUUUUCAGCGCAGGAGGAAGUGCUCGACGAAGCCCAAGUCGAAGCCGACCGGGAAGACAGCGCAGAUGCCAGCAACGACCAAGUCGACGACCUUCUGCUGGAGCAACAGGACGAACUUGCCCUGAUAAGGGGCAAGCUGCUCAUGGGCAUGCCCAUGUACGGCUACCGCUACCCACUCUUCUGGGUCGACAAGUCCACGGGCCAAGGCACCCCCGUCCCGGCACCCACCAACCCAUUCGAAGCCAAAGAACUGCACGCCCGCACCGACCGAUCCUUCCCCUCGCCCCUCCUGCCCUUCCUUCGCGGCCCAGGUGAAGCUGUCACCAUGGACACCAUCCUUUCCAUCCUCGGCGACAACGACGGCGUAAUCCUCGACACCAAGCAAGACGGAGAGGGCUACUUUGACUACACUGAGACAGUGACCGCGGAGACGCUCAACGGCCGCGAGAGUCAUGGUGUCAAGCCGGGCGAUCAGAUCUACUGGCGAAUGUACGUUCCGCUGAUUUCGACCACCAAGGAGCGAUUGGAGGCGUUGGCCGAGAACGAAGAGGUGCAGGCCGGGGUUUCGCUCUGGGAGCUGGGUCAAGCCAAUUCUUUGCUUUUGCACGCUCUGUAG